AUGCCAACCAUUACCAGAGGUCAAGCCAUUUGCAUGUUUUAUGGUGAAAAAUACACCAAAGAGAACGUUGCUAUACUAACCAAAAGAAUUGAAGACGCACAAGUUGAUAUUUGCUACACUGAUGAUCCGAACAACGCUUUUUUAAUUUGGGAAAAGAAGGUCAAUCAACAGCCUCUCCGUUACCACACAUAUGCCGACGAAAUCCAAAAACCUGGAUCAAAUGAUGAUACAUCAGUUAUCACUGGUUUUCCACUUACGUGUUCGGCACAAAUCGUUCAGUUUCUUAAUAUGGUUUACCUUGCUGAUAAUCCAGGCAACGAAGAACUUUAUGAUUAUCAACAAGAGACGCAAAAGCGAAUUUUAAGCAAUGUCUGGAAAUAUACAACUAUUUUCGAUGAAAAAGGUAUUCGUAUGUUUGGCCGGCUUGCCUUUUGGAGACCACCCAAAACUACGACGUAG